AACGCCAGAUACGAGCGCGAGUCUGUUUUACGACAGUCUCAUCCUUGUUGUUGCCAUGGUAUCAGUUAAACAGCCAUUCACGCAGUCCAUUGUAAGGGGGCUGACGGUAACAUUUGGGAAUAUUUUGUUAUUAAAUUAUCAUUUGUUUCGGGAGGUGUUGACAUUGUAUCGCUGGCAUGACAUGUCGUAAAUAACAGUUCUGCGGUUGGUGCGAUGAUUGGCCAUUGUGAGCCGCCAUCUUUUGCAUUUUAAAACCCAUUUUCUAAACAGACCCGUCUCUUCUGUACAAGGUGAUAAUGACUGAGCUAUAAUCGUCGUAUAGCACCCAACUUGACUACGGUUUGGUAUCCAUCCGCUUUGUUUACAUGGCCAAAAAUUAACACUUGCUGCGCUCGCUGCAUUGAAUUUAUUAGCUACUACUCUAACAGCUGAUGGAGCUAGCAGCUAACAUUAUGAACACAGACCAGAAGGAUCCUCUUGAUCAUUUUGAUUUGUUUGGUUCCGAUAUGACAACUAAAGAGGAGAUCAUUCUGAAAGAAGAGGAAGAGUCACAAGAAGAGGAAGAGUGUGAGGUAAAUACCACUGACAUUUUUAGGCAUGCGAUGGUAUCAGACUUGGAGCUUGAUGAACUUGAAGACAGCAGGACUGAAAUAAGCAAGGUUACUAAGAAGCAGACGACAUGGGCUGUUAACUGCUUCACAGGCUGGUUGGAGUCUCAGGGGCUCCAAGUGGACCUGACUACAGUGGAGAAGACUGAGCUCAACAGGCUGCUGAGACACUUUUAUGGAUCAGUACGCAACAGCAAAGGAGAGCUGUAUGGGAUUGCCAGUUACAUUGCACUGAGAGCUGGGCUUAACCGUUACUUCAAAGAGCCUCUUGUCGGCCGUCCUGUGUGCUUAAUGAGAGAUGCUGAGUUCACAUCAGCCAACAAGGUGUUCUUGGGAGUGCUGAAGAGAAUUAGGAAGUCUGGUCGAGACAUAACAUCACACCAUCAGGCACUGUCACUGGAUGACAUCCGCAUCCUAAGACACUCACGUGCAAUGGAUACCAGCACUCCAAGGGGACUUCUGAACAAAGUCUGGUUUGAUAUACAGGUACAUUUCGGCCGCAGAGGGAAGCAGGCCAACAGGAAUCUGAAGCCAGAUUCAUUUGUAAUCAGAAAAGACGAGAGAGGACUGAGAUACUGCACUUUAAUUUUUGGUGAUGAGACAAAAAUGUUUAAUGAGAAGGACAGAUGCUCUAUGUUUGAGAAGCCAGGCAAUGGACUCUGUCCCAUUGCUUCUCUUUUAAAGUACCUUAGCAAACUCCCAUCCAAUGCAGCUGCCCUCUACCUGCAGCCUAAGAAGGAGCUAACAGAUAAUAUGUGGUACAGUCACAUCCCCCUAGGAGUCAAUUAUCUGGGCUCAAUGUUGGCUCGCAUGUGUAAAGAAGCAGGAACAUCUGUGAUCUACACCAAUCACUGCAUCAGAAACACACCCUUUCUACAACUGUGUGACGCAGGACUGGAGGGGAGAGAGAUUAUUACUGUCACUUUGCACAGGUCUGAAAGCUCCCUCCAAAGUCACCAGACACCGUGUCUCAGGAGUCGAAGGCAGCGGAGUGAGAUAUUGCCAGAGAACUAUUCAGCUGGCCCAGCAGGUCUGCCACCAGACAAGUGGGCACCCCUAACAGAAGAUCACUCAAGCACACACAUUCUGCACCACUGCUGCAAUGGAUUCAUUAUUUUAGUUUGGAUCUCAACCAUGACGAAUUUUUUGAGGAUGUUCCAUUUCUCCAAAAUGCUUCGAAUCAGAACUAUGUCCCAGAUGCUGUGUUGCCACCUGGGGAGCCGUGGCUCCAUGGUGGCCCCUCCCGAGCAGUGCUAUCCCUGCCUUCCUGCCUGUGCCUGUGCAGUGACGUUGGGUCUGGGAUGUCUGGUCCUGGAUCUUCUGGUGAGGAGCACAUGGGAGAGAUGA